AUGAGUACAAAGAAAUAUAAGGGCAGAGAUGACACUUUCAGUCACGAGCAGAUAAUGGCCCCUCGCGAGGAAGAAUGGAUGGAGGAGAAUAUUUCUUUCAAGGAGAUGUUGAUGCGGCAUAAUGGGGAAUGGGAGAUGAAUGAUGCAGAAGAAGAAGAAGCGGCUAGGGAGGCAGAAGAUGUGACACAAGAAGAUCAGCCUGAUUCAAAUGAAAACCCCCAAUCGGAGGUGUUUUGGGAAAUGGACAAGGAUGGAAAAAUCAACUUCAAGCUAUCGAAUGAAUUCAAGAAGAAGGCUUGGAGGCCAUGGAGGACGUCAGUUUUUGUGAAAUUAUUGGGAAAGAAGCUAGCUUUGCCAGUUAUGAAGAAGAGGCUUGAGAACCUCUGGGCGAGGGAGGGCCAGAUAUAUGUCACAGAUGUUGAAAACGGUAGAAUCAUGGCGUGCGUAAGGUUACCUGGGUUUCCGGUUGAGUAUGUGAAUACUGAGCUAUUGAGAGAAGUAGGGAAUUGGCUGGGUAAAUUCAUUAAAGUUGAUGCAGCCACAACAUCUCUUGCAAGAGGAAAGUUUGCUCGAAUUUGUGUGGAAUUGGAUUUGAGCAAUCCUCUACAAGCAGAAUACAAAAUUGAUGGCAGGUUAAAGAAGGUAGAAUAUGAGGGUCUUCAUUUAGUGUGCUUUUGUUGUGGGAAAUAUGGUCAUCGAUCAGAGAGUUACCCCAAUAAGAUGUCCCAAGAGAUUGUUCUGCUAGAAGAAAAACAGGAUAAACAAGGUAAUUAG